AUGUCUCAGAGCAACCGGGAACUAGUGGUUGACUUUCUCUCUUACAAGUUUUUCCAGAAAGGAUACAGCUGGAGUCAGUUUAGUGAUAUGGAAGAGAACAGAACUGAGACCCUAGAAGGGACAGAAUCAGAUAUGGAAACCCCCAGCGCCAUCAGUGGCAACCCAUCCUGGCACCUGGCAGAUAGCUCUGUGGUGAAUGGAGCCACUGGUCACAGCAGAAGCUUGGACGCUGGGAAAAUGAUCCCCACGGCAGUGGUGAAGCAAGCCCUGAGGGAGGCAAGCAAUGAGUGUGAAUUGAGGUACCAACAGACAUUCAGCGACCUGACGUCCCAGCUCCACAUCACCCCAGGGACAACAUAUCAGAGCUUUGAACAGAAUGGCGACUGGGACAUUUUUGUGGAACUCUACGAAAACAAUACAGCAACCGAGAGCCAAAAGGGCCAAGAGCACUUCAACCGCUGGUCCCUGACGGACGUGACUGUGGCUGGUAUGGCUCUGCUGGGCUUGCUCUUCAACACAUAA